GACAAAGAAAGCAAGAUGGCGGACAGGGAGAUGCAGAAGGAAUUUAAAAAAAUGAAGGAUCUGUUUGAAGAAUGGGGCAUCCGAGGCAUCAUAAUAUUCAGCCUUACCCUCCAGACGAUCCUCAUUUUCUUGGCACCCAGCCGAAAACGCAUGGCAAGGAAGUUAUUCCUUGUUCUCAUCUGGUCGGCUUACCUUCUGGCUGAUUGGGCAGCCGACUAUGCGGUGGGACAAAUCUCUGACACCCAAGGUGAUGCAGUCCAAGAAAACGACAUCAAGAAGAAAAAGACCACUGACCUGUUAGCGUUCUGGGCACCGUUCCUCCUCUUGCACCUAGGUGGCCCAGACACCAUCACGGCGCUUGCGCUGGAGGAUAAUGAGCUUUGGCUAAGGCACUUGUUCGGCCUUAUCUGUCAAGCCAUUGCCACUGUCUAUGUGAUUUUACUGUCCACUCCCAACACCCUUCUGCUGCCAACAAUACUCAUGCUUGUCAGCGGAUUGAUCAAGUAUUUCGAGAGGACAAUAUCAUUGUACUCAGCGAGCCUCGAGAAGUUCAAGGAUUUGAUGCUCCAAGAGCCUAAUCCUGGACCUAAUUAUGCGAAGCUCAUGGAGGAAUAUGAGGCUAAGAAGGAUAUGAGAAUACCCACCAAGGUCGAGAUGGGGGAGGCUGACAAAGACCAGAAAGCUGAUGUUCCAGUGAGGCCAAAUAAGGAGCUGACUCAUCUCGAGGUCGUUCAGUACGCUUAUAAGUACUUCAAUAUCUUCAAGGGUCUUGUGGUUGAUCUUUUUUUCUCCUUUCAACAACGUGACGAGAGCAAGAAAUUCUUCGAUUCGCUGACACCCGAAGAAGCAUUGAGGAUUCUAGAGGUUGAGCUCAGCUUCAUCUAUGAUGCUCUAUUCACCAAAGCCAAGAUUCUGCAUACCGGAGCUGGAGAACUAUUCCGGUUUGUAUCCUUGGGAUCCCUUGUGUCAUCCCUCGUCAUCUUUAUGGUCAAAAAGAAGGACGCUUAUGAAGGAUUUGAUAUUGGCCUGACUUACGCAUUGCUCGUAGGUGGAAUAGCUCUCGAUUCGAUUGCUAUUCUCAUGUUCUGUCUAUCUGACUGGACAUUUGCCAGACUGAGUAAGCUGAAGGAGGAGCUGGACCAGAAAGACACCCUGAUCGACGAAUUUCUCAACAGGCUGCUCAGUUUCAGGAGGCUGAAUUGGAGGCCUUACCCCUGUUUCAACAAAAAUAAAGAGAAUGUAGAACAGGUCGAACACCACGUGCUCGACCGAAAAUUCAUAUUCCGCAGAUGGUCCGAGUAUGUAUACGGAUACAACUUGAUCGGAUACUGCCUGAAGAAAACUCCCGAGGAAAUCCAUCACACCAAGGGUUACAUCCACACAUUCUUUCAGUCGGUCAUUGAAAGUUUGUUCAUAGAUCGUGCCUUCGAAUAUACCAUCAUAGGAAUCAAAUUCUGCUUCACAGCCAUGAAACAGAUAAAUGACAAGCUUCACAGUAGGAUCGACCAUUUAAUCAGCUAUUUAUCCCAGCAGCAUCGGGUAAUCCGUAAAGUUCUGAGACCUGUCAAGCCGCUUGUUAAUUUCUGGUUCACCAUUCCUUCUAGAUUCGGACAUUUAAUUUACUACAUCAUAGACUUUUUUGGCGUCCAAGAUCAGGUGGAGGAGAUUAGGUUCACAUCCAGAGAUCGCCUCACCAAGGAACUGUGGGUCUUCAUAUUCGAACAGGUAAAAUACAAAUCCCAUUUUGCUGACGAUCCAGAAACUGCCAAGAGGAUAUUUUCGGCAAGAAAUGACUGGGAAAUUGGAAAGAUGAUAAGUUCAGCGAAAGGUGAUUGGAUUCUAAGAGAGAUACAAAACCAAAGAGCUGAAAACGAUGACUGGAAGCAACUGGAGCUGCGCUAUGUGACCGAAGUGGAUUAUGAUCAGAGCAUCCUGCUGUGGCACAUUGCCACUGAGAUCUUCUACCAGGAGCAGGAAAAAGAACACACCAAGGAGAAUCACAGUCACCGUGAAUUCAGCAAAAUACUGUCAGACUACAUGAUGUAUCUCCUAAUCAUGCAGCCCAGUCUGACAUCCACAGUUGCUGGAAUUGCAAAGAUAAGAUUCAGAGACACGUGUGAAGAGGCUAAAAGACUGUUCCGCAGGAGGGGUAUCAAGAAUUCAGUGGCAAAUGCGGCCAGUGUAAUUACCUCGGUCGCCACGGAGGUUAACCCUAUGGACGUGAAGGGAGAUAGAAGCAAGUCCGUUCUUUUUGAUGCGAGUAUGCUGGCGAAAGAGCUUCAGCACCUGCACAGCAAACGAGAAGAAAACAUGUGGGAGGUAAUUGGUAAAGUGUGGGUAGAGUUACUUUGCUAUGCAGCAGCUCACUGCGACUCCAAGGAACAUGCAGCUCAACUGAGCAAAGGUGGCGAGCUAAUCAGCUUCGUAUGGCUAUUGAUGGCUCAGUUUGGCAUUGGAGAACAGUUUCAGAUCACCAGAGAAGAUACAAGAGCCAAACUCAUCGUGAAGAAGUGACUACAACGAAAGACAGGAUCCUUCCUACGUUUGUUUUCUGUAUCUGUCUGUGUUUUCAUUACUCUCUUGUCUGUCUUUGAAAUCAGUUUAUACUCUUUAUGUCCGAAUAAUCUGCAUUGCAACUCCAUACAUACAUGAUGUACUGAAGA